AUGGCAUCCUCCAUUUUAAUCAAUACUCCAUCAUCAUCCAAAAACCCUAAACAUCUCAAAAACGGAACAACUGAUGAGUACGAGGUAACAAUCGCAACUCUUCCUAAACAAAAUGGGUGGGUUAAUGAAAAUCUUGUCAAGUACCAUGACACUUGGUUCAAUUCUACUACUCUUAAGGGAGUCAUGUUGGCACAAGAUCAUUUCGUAGCUCGUCCCACUGAUAUUUUCUUGGCCACUUUCCCUAAAUGUGGUACAACCUGGUUGAAAGCCCUUGCUUUCACAAUUGUGAAUCGAAACCGAUACGAUUUCUCCGACCACCCUUUGCUUACCAAAAAUCCACAAGCAUUGUUUCCAUUUUUGGAAAUUUUCUCUCUCCGAGACCAUGAAAACGAAGAUGAGCUUGAGAUUUCCUCUUCACCUAGACUUUUCUCCAUUCACACCCCUUAUCCACAUUUACCCGAAUCUGUUCGGUCUUGGGCCUCGGCCUGCCGUAUAGUUUACGUGGUCCGGGAUCCGAAGGACGUGUUUGUUUCGAGCUGGUAUCACAUGAAGAAGAUAAGGUCCAAAGAACUACCACAACUUACUAUAGAAGAAUGUUUUAAAAUGUUCUGUGAAGGGGUCUAUCAGUUUGGACCAUACUGGGAUCAUGUGCUUGGGUUUUGGAAUGCAAGCAUGCAGUCUCUUGAUAAGGUACUGAUACUGACCUAUGAAGAUUUAAAGAAAAAUCCGAUAGAUUCUGCCAAAAAAAUGGCAAAACACUUGGGGCAUCCAUUUUCCGUGGACGAAGAGAAGAAUGGGAUUGUUGAAGAAACUGUUAAAUUAUGCAGUUUUGACAACUUGAGCAACUUGGAAGUUAACAAGACUGGUGUAACUAAAAUUGCAUCUUUUCGUUAUUAUGAAAAUCAUGUGUUUUUCAGAAAGGGCAGUGUUGGAGAUUGGCAGACACACCUCACUCCAGAGAUGGUGGAGAAAAUAAAUGAAAUCUCUAAGCAAAAAUUUCGCGGAACCGGUUUUACAGCUUAUGUUUCGCCAUAG